CUAUGGGAGUCCCGAAAACACAACAAAGUGCUCAGCCAGCUACUCAAUCAGCGGGGCCUACGGAAACUUUGGCUCGUGGAAUUCGUGCCAUCUUCAUUGGGCCACCAGGAUCCGGCAAAGGAACUCAAGCUCCCGCUUUCGCUCAGAAAUAUUUCUCGUGUCAUUUGGCAACUGGAGAUCUGCUCCGUGCUGAAGUUGCCUCUGGCUCCGAGUUUGGAAAGGAGCUGAAAGCAACAAUGGAUGCUGGAAAGUUAGUCAGUGACGAGGUGGUCUGCAAACUUAUCGAGCAAAAGCUGGAGAAACCGGAAUGCAAGUACGGAUUCAUUUUGGAUGGUUUCCCUCGCACCAGUGGACAAGCGGAGAAGCUUGAUGAGAUCCUCGAACGUCGGAAGACACCUUUGGAUACUGUCGUCGAGUUCAACAUUGCCGAUGAUUUGCUUGUUCGCCGUAUCACUGGUCGUCUGUUCCAUAUUGCUUCCGGAAGAAGCUACCAUUUGGAAUUCAAGCCACCAAAGGUUCCAAUGAAGGACGAUCUCACUGGAGAGCCACUGAUUCGCCGUUCUGAUGAUAACGAGGAGACUCUUAGAAAGAGACUUGUACAAUAUCACCAAAUGACCGUUCCUCUCGUCGACUAUUACAAAAAACACGGAGUUCAUGUGGCCGUUGAUGCCGCAAAGCCAAUGACUGACGUGAAGGCUCAUAUUGAUCAAGUCUUCGCCAAAUUUACCCAGAAGAAGGAACGCGUCUCAUUCGUCUAAUGGCUCAUUAAAUGCUCCCAAUGAUAGGAAUCCAAUGAAAUAGUCACAAUUUUCUCUUAGUAUUUAAACAUUUUCUCAGUUACUGUCACAUUUCAUUGUUUUUUUUUCUAAAUUUCACUUUUCAGUAGUUCUUUUAGACGUGUUUUCCCACCGUUUCCUGUGUUUUCCUCAUCGUAAUUGCCUAUUUUCCUUCCCAGUGUUUUAUUUCAAUUGUUCAAUGUUAGCUAAAUCCCACGUCAUUCCUAUACCAAAAAGUUUUUUAAAUGAAUUUCUUUCGAAUUU